CUUUCAUUGAGCCAGAGAUUUGGCCACAGGAGGAACUUGAUCGCUGCCGGGAGAGUUGGAGCGCGCGGCUGGGCGGCUGCGUUCGGAGCGCACGGGAGAACAAACGGGAGAAGAAGUCGAGAUGAUGCCAAUGUAUUUCUUCUUCUCUGACAAAGUGGUUCUUCUGUUUGACUUUUGGAAUGUCCACAGCCCUGCGGGAAUGGUGCUUUCGGUGGUCGUGAUCAUGCUUCUGUCGGUGUUGUAUGAAGCCAUCAAAGUGGGCAGGGCCAAGCUGCUUCAGCACACCAUGCCGGCCAUGGCCCCCAGCCUCAGCCAGGAGACCUUAGAAGAGCCAGAGGGGGCAUCCAUGAACACAGGUGUGGAACGCCUAGCCAGCACCCCCCACAAGAUAUUCCUGUGGCACAGCACCCAGACCGUGCUCCAUGUAAUUCAAGUGGUCCUUGGUUACUUGGUGAUGCUGGCUGUGAUGUCCUACAACACGUGGAUUUUCUUUGGUGUUAUUGCGGGUUCGGCCAUCGGGUACUACUUCGCCUACCCGCUGCUCAACGCAAGAUAGCCUUGGCUGGCUCAGCUCCAUCCAGAAGAUUCAAACAGCUCAGUUUCCGCUUCAGAAACUGAUCAACGAGGCUUGGUGUCUGCUGUGGUAAAAGGGAAGUCUCCCCGACGUAGGGUGUCGUACCUCCCACCCAUCUGUUCUUCGCUCCAACUUCUCUCUUCAAGAUACCUACAAAAUCUGACCUUUGAAAACGGCCCUUUAAUUCCCCUCCACCUUUGCAGAGUGACAUUUAUGUGUGUAUAUAUAUAUGACUGCAGAGGUUUGUAUGACCACAUCUGAUGAGCCAGCCCAAUACUGUGAACUUCACCUAGCAGCAACUCUCCAAAUCUUAGGGUAAUUCUGCAUCUUUCUCCCUUCUGGUUGUGUUUACCCAGAAUUUGACUUCCUGGGUCUGGUCUGCUUGCAAAACAUAUGUUCUCUGUUCUUUUGGCCCGUCUUCAGUUUGUAGUGGAGAAAUAAUGCAUGCCCACCAUCUUAGUUUGGUAGGUAUAGUGCGGCAAACCCUGUCAUGGCCUCAAUUUGUGCCAGAACCAUUGAACUCAAUUGGAUAAGUGUGUGCAAAAUAUAUGGGAAAGGCAGACCCAAAGUUGAGGUUUGCAGGAGGAAAUGAGGGAAAAGAUGGACAACCAGGGACGGGUCCCAGCUAAUUGCAAGCUUGUGGUUCCAGUAAGUACUAGGUGCCACUGGGGCUGUAGGGAGUGUGGGGGUCAUUGCAUGUUGGACAGGCAAUGUUAUGUGGCAGGUGGUUCUGAGGAGGCAUGGGCCAAAGACUUAGAAAGCAACGCUUCUUUGUAAUCAACCAAAGCCCUUGAGCAGGGAAGUAGUAGAUUGUUUUUGGGGUGGAUUUCGUUCAGCUUGCCUGGAGAACACAAUAUGGGACGUGCUCUCUCUCCUAUCCUGGAUGACCCAGGCUACCCCGAUCUCGUCCAAUCUUGGUAGCUAAGUGGGAUCUGCCCUGGUUAGUAUUUGGAUGGGAAACCACCAAGGAGGUGCUACACAGAAGAAGGCAAUAACAAACCACCUUUGUUAGUCUCUUGCCUUGAGAACCCCAUAGGGGUUGUCCUAAGUCGGCAGCAACUUGAUGGCAUUUCACACACUCUCUCUUGCUGAAGAUCACCUUCUAAGGAUCAUCCAAGCCAUUGUAGUCACAACUGAAGUCACAAAGUUGAUUGAUCUGCCCAAUCAACUGAAGAGUGACUUUGGCGUUUAGUUUUAUUGGUGGCGAGGGAGGUUGAAUUAGGAUUUUCCUGGGUUUUUCUGCAGUUUGUGCAAUGGUUCCAUUUCAAGGAGAGCAAAAAUCAGGUGCAAUGCAGUAGCUUCUGAUUGGAGCUUAAUCACAAAGAGUAGGGAGGUUAACCAUCGCAACCAUGUGUUUCUCUUACUGGAAUACCCCUCUAGCAAGUUAUUUGCUGGCCGGAGGGGUGGGGGGUGCGGGCUGGUACACCUACUUUGCCUGUCUUUUUUUCCUGCCAAGGCUAUGAGUGGCUCGGGAGAGAAGUCAGAAUUAGUUUCAGUCAGCAAAAUCACAUUGCAGAUUUGGAAAGAGGAGUAAAGUGGUGCAGGAGGUUAAGAGCUCAUGUAUCUAAUCUGGAGAAACCGGGUUUGAUUCCCAGCUCUGCCGCUACUGCUCCACUCUGUGGAGGCUUAUCUGGGGAAUUCAGAUUAGCCUGUACACUCCC